GGCAACCACAUCGAGUUUCUCUCAAGUUAUAGGCUCUACUUUUCUCCAUAUCUGCAUACCACCAUUAAAAAAAAUUCCAAUUUAAAAACCUUUUCAGGGAUGCACAAGGGAAUUAUACUGGUGUUUUUAAUUGGUUCGCUGGCAUGGACUUAUCAGGCCAUCCAGCCUCCAGCUCCCAAGAUAUGUGGAUCUCCAGAUGGCCCUCCUGUUACAGCAACUAGAAUAACACUGAGGGAUGGAAGACAUCUGGCCUACAAGGAACAUGGUAUACCAAAAGAAAUGGCCAAACACAAGAUCAUCUUUGUUCAUGGCUUUUCUAGUUGUAGACAUGAUGAAGUCAUUGUCACACGCCUGUCCCCGGAAGUUGUUGAGGAGCUAGGGAUAUACAGUGCGUCCUUCGAUAGACCGGGCUAUGGAGAAAGUGAUCCUGAUCCAAGACGAACACUGAAGAGUUUGGCCCUUGAUAUAGAAGAACUUGCCGAUCAGUUGGGACUCGGACCCAAAUUUUAUAUAAUUGGAUAUUCUAUGGGAGGCCAUGCUGUCUGGAGCUGCCUCAAGUACAUACCUCAUAGGCUAGCAGGAGCAACGCUAUUGGCACCGGUUAUCAACUACUGGUGGCCUGGCUUUCCUGGCAACUUAUCUACAGAAGCAUACCACCAGCAGCUACCUCAAGAUCAAUGGGCCCUGCGUGUUGCUCACUAUUUUCCAUUUCUGGUCUAUUGGUGGAACACUCAAAAGCUUUUUCCUGCAUCUGGUGUAGUAUCCCGUAGACCUGAAAUUUUCUCCCAUCAAGAUGUCCAAAUUCUACCUAAAAUUGCCAAGAGACAAAAUCACAAGGGACUGGUAACUCAGCAAGGAGUAUUUGAGUCCUUACAUCGGGACAUGAGGAUUGGUUUUGGGAAGUGGGAAUUCAAUCCCCUUGAGCUCCAGACUCCUUUUCCAAACAAUGAAGGCAGUGUUCACCUUUGGAUGGGAGAUGAAGAUCGCUUUGUGCCGGUUAUCCUUCAACGUUACAUUGCCGAAAGACUUCCAUGGAUUGAGUACCAUGAGUUAGCAGGUGCAGGCCAUUUGUUUCCAUAUGCUGAUGGGAUGAGUGAAACUAUCAUAAGGGCAUUUCUGGUUGGACAGAAGCAGUAGUUUCUAGUAUUAUUUAGCUUUCACAAACAUUAGUACGAUGGAUACUGGAACGUAACACAAACAUUUUACAACGAUUUUCUUUAGAUUUAAUGGAUAUAUUGGUGGACUGUUAGACAUUGUUUUAUAACUUUUCUGUUCUAGUUCAUUGCUGCUUCUUUGUUUAUCCUAGAUUGCUUACGGUAAA